AUGGACAACACAUCAGAUGUCACAUCAAUUGUACUGACUGGAUUUGAAAACAUCGGUUCCAUCAGAUAUUUUUACUUCUGUGUCAUUCUAAUUUUGUACUUUUCAAUAAUUUUUGCAAACUCACUAAUCAUUGGGGUUAUCUGCACAGACAGAGGUCUGCGAGAACCCAUGUAUUUGCUCCUGUGCAAUUUGUCUGUGACCGAACUAUAUGGAAGCACUGCCUUAUACCCUUCUCUGUUAGUGAACAUGUUGUUGGACAUCCAUGAGGUUUCUAAGAUUUUUUGUUUUGUACAAAUUUUCUGCCUUUUUACAUAUGGUUCAAUAGAAUUUUCUAGCUUAUCUGUAAUGGCUUAUGACAGAUAUGUGUCCAUCUGUUAUCCUCUAGAAUAUCACAGCAUCAUGACCCCAACCAAAGUUUACAUACUUAUCAUCCUAAUCUGGUUUUAUUGCACCCUGAAAGUGUCUGUUACUAUUGGCUUGACUGCACGGCUGCCUUUAUGUGGCAACACCAUUUACAAGGUGUACUGUGAUAAUUAUUCUUUAGUCAGGCUCUCCUGUGUUGAUAGCACAGCUAAUAAUAUUUAUGGUCUGGUAAGUCUGGUUUUCACAGUUGUUAUUCCCUCACUCCUUAUUGUGUAUUCAUAUUCUAAAAUUUUGAGGAUCUGUUUGAGAUCAUCCAAAGAGUCCCAAGUGAAAGCUUUGAAAACCUGCACUCCACACCUAGCAUCACUAAUUAACUUCUCCCUAGGCUGUUUGUUUGAAAUUGUCCAAAGCAGAUUUGAUAUGAUGCAUGUACCAUCCAUAGUUCGAAUAUUUGUGUCUGUGUACUUUCUGAUGAUUUGUCCAAUCUUCAAUCCCAUUAUUUAUGGGGUGAGAACCACAAAAAUAAGAGCAGUGUUUAAAAAGGUAUACGCUAGGUGGUUAACUCCACUGGGAAUUCAUGUAAAAUAA